AUCGAUAGCACCUCACAUAUUUUCUAUUUGUCAGCCCUGACGAUUACAUGAAGACGCAAGUAACUUUUCGAUAACAAGCCAUUGUCUGAAGAGUGCUAUCGAUAUCACCAAUGACGCUGUCAUCGCAAAUGUGAAUGCCUCAGUUAAAAGAAGAAGCAUUCGCAAAGCGGCAAUUGUUCGAAUUAACUGUAAAAAAAAGUCAAUGUAAAAGCUAAAUAUUUCAUGUGAAUAAGUGUUAAUUGUUUUUGAAAUUAUGUCCGCCAAAAGCUCUAUUCAAGUCUGUAUCAAGGUACGUCCUUGUGAGCCUGAGCUGCCCAAUUUGUGGCACGUGAAGGACAAACGAACCAUUCAUCCAAUAGACAGUCAAGCAGAUCCCUGUGUUUACGAUUAUGUCUUUGAUCAGGGCUCCAACAAUCAAGAAGUUUUCGAUGGCAUGGCCAAACAUAUUGUGGAGGCCUGUGUAAAAGGCUUUAAUGGCACCAUAUUUGCAUAUGGCCAAACAUCGUCAGGUAAAACCUAUACCAUGAUAGGAGACAGGGAGAAUCCAGGUGUAAUGAUCCUGGCUGCAAAAGAGAUCUUUAAUCAGAUUUCCAAUAACAGUGAUCGCGACUUUUUACUUCGCGUGGGUUACAUUGAGAUUUACAACGAGAAAAUCUACGAUUUGCUCAACAAGAAAAAUCAGGAUCUUAAAAUAUUUGAAAGCAAUGGCAUGGUCAACGUUAAUUGCGAGGAAUGCAUCAUAACGACUGAGGAGGAUUUGCUGCAGUUCCUCUGCAUGGGCAACAAGGAGCGAACUGUUGGUGAGACCAACAUGAAUGAACGCUCCAGUCGAUCACAUGCAAUAUUUCGUAUAAUUAUUGAAUCACGCAAAACAGAUCGCACCGAGGACGAUGCGGUCAUUCAGAGCAUAUUGAAUCUGGUAGAUCUGGCGGGAUCUGAGCGCGCCGAUCAGACGGGAGCACGUGGAACACGUCUUAAGGAGGGAAGUCACAUUAACAAGAGUCUUCUUUUUCUGAGCAACGUCAUUAAGAACUUGGCUGAAAACGAAGACAAUAGAUUUGUUAAUUACCGGGACUCGAAGCUCACGCGAAUUCUACAGGCAUCCCUUGGCGGCAACGCGUUUACCUCCAUUAUUUGUACUAUUCGUCCCUCCAAUAUGGAGGAAUCCCAGUCGACGUUGAAUUUUGCAAUGAGAGCGAAAAAGAUCCGGUUGAAGCCGCAACUAAAUGAAAUUGUAUCCGAUGCAACAAUGAUGAAGCGCCUGGAGCGUGAGAUAAAGGUGCUCAAAGAUCGCUUGGCUGAGGAACAGGCCAGAAAUGAAAGCCAGCUUAAAGUGCGACUGUUGGAGCAGAGAAUAAAAACCGAUACGCUUAAGAUAAUUACCAGCAAUACAAUCACAGAUCAUCGCAAUAAAAUUCGCCGGCGUACUUGGUGUCCAGCCUCAUCGAACCCAGAGACAACGGUCAAAAUUGAAGCACCUUUUGUAGAUAAAACUGAAUCGAAUGGACCAACUGUCAAUGUUAAUUUCUCACACUUGCCGAAGCCGUGCUUUUACCCAAAAACAUUAAACCCAAAUCAACGGGCAUUGAAUGGCCCGACGACUAUAAAUAUUAUGAAAUCCCUGGAAAUCAAAGAAGAAUUUAAUUCCCUAGUUGAACCCAAUUUUGAACCGACUGUAAAUCCCACUCCAGCUGCAGCUCCUGGCCCCAGAAUGCGUUUAAUAACACUUACGCCAACCAUUGCUCAAAUGGGUGCUAAAGGUAGGGAAAUGCUUGAACGUGAAGUUGUGGAGCUGGAAGCAUUCACCAAGAUUGAACAGCACAUUAAUUCAGAGUGGGAAGUGCUAAACGAAAAUUUAUCUGUGGCGAAUGCUAAGAUCGAUGAGCUGCAGGCCGAGCGUCUUAAUUUGUUGCAGCGAUCGGAAGCCUUGCAAGUCGAUGUGGAUGCCCUGAGAAAGUCCAAGGAGGAAGCUGAUGCGAAAAUAGUGGAUUACGAGGAGCAAUUGAAGAAGCUGAAGCAAACGGUGGAUAGAUUGGACAUGGAGAAUCGUGCUGCUGUCGAAUUGGAGUUUCAAUUUAGCAGUCACAAAACGAAAUCAAAGCUGAGAGAGAAUGAACUGCUGACGGCGCUGUCGGAGAAGGACAGCGCCAUUGAUAAUCUGCAAAAGUCGCUCAAUGAGCUGUCGAAUGAAGUGCUGCGGAACAGCAAGGAUGAUCACAUGCGUUCCAUUUGCCCAGCCCUCGAAACAAGCUGUGAAAUCAUCUGUAAGAAGUGUGUAGAACUGGAGCGCCUUCUCGAAGAGCACAACAAUAAACCUAAUGCUGACAAUGGUGGCCUGGCAAUUGAUUGUGAAUGCGAGCAAUUGCGUCUGGACAUCGCCGAGACACGUGCACAGCUGGAGAGUGUGCAGAGCGAAUACAAACAGAUGAGCAGCGAUGUGGCUGAGAAAUCGGAGCUAUGCGAUCGCCUCAGUCGUGACGUCAUCUCUGCUGAGGAGGCAAAGGAGGAGCUGCAAGUGAAAUUCGAUGACCUGGAGCAAACGAAACUGCGUCACGAGCAGAUUAUAAAGAACAUGCAAGAGGAAUAUAAUGCCAUAAAGCAAAAAUAUCAAGCCUUACAGCGGGAUUAUGAGACUCUGGAACGCGCAGCAGCUGCCACAGAAGAACAGCACAAGAAGUUGCAAAGCGAAAAUGAAAGAUUGCAGCAGGAGAUCAGCACAUUGAAGCAAACUGUCGAGGAGAUUCAACUGAAACUUAUUGAAGCAGCUGCCACUGAGAUCCACGAGGCUCUUGUGCAGCAGCUAAAGGCCAGCAAUGAGCAGCUCAUGGCCAACUUGGCCCAAAUGGAGACCAAGUAUGGUGAGCUGCAAGGCGAAUACGAUGAUCUGUCCAAUCAGCUCAUGGAGAGCGUGCAGGAGGGCGAUAGUUUGCGUGAUGAAUGCAACGCGUUGCAGGAGAAGCUCAAAACGGCGCCAAUGGACACUUACAUCGCUCAGCUGGAACAAGAGGUGGCCGAGAUGCGUGAAGCAAUGACAAAUCUGCAAUCCGAGCUGCUUGAGAAAUCUGUCAUAGCCAACAAAGUGGAGGAUUACAAGAGUCAGAUCGAGUCGCUUGAGAAGCAGCAUGCCGAAAUGACUAUGGUGUGCGAAGAGCUGCAGGAGAAGGUCAAAGAGACGACCAUAAACGAGAGCUUGUCCAGGAGCACAAGCACACUGAUUGCAGCAGACACCGAUCAGGAGGAGGAGGAAGUCGAUAAACUUAAGCUCAGACUCAAUCAAAUGAAUGGAGAAGUGCAAAAGCUGCAGAUUGAAAUCAAAAAUCAGCUAUCGAUCAUUCAACAGAAAGAUGUGCGUAUUGAGGAGAUGCAAUUCGAGGUACAGGAACUUAGUGAACGUUGUCUAUCCAUGGAUGUUCUACAGGUUGAGCUCCGCUCGAAUGCCCAGCAACAGAAUGAGCUGCUUGAUCGCCAGACGGCAAAAUUAGCCGACGAUGUCAGUCGCAUUGAUCAGUUGCAGGAAUCCAAUGCAAAGCUGACAGAGCGCUGCAUAAAAGCUGAAGAAGCAUUGGAAGAACGCCUCAAACUGGUUGACUCCAACAAGGAGGAAUACGAAAAACGCUUAAACAACUUGCAAUUGUCACUGAAUAAUGCCAGAAAAGAGUUUGAACAACAAGAAAAAAUGCAUAAGGGGGAGCUUAAUAAUAUUAACCUUGAGUUUCUACAAAAGAUUGAGGUGAGCGAGAGUCGUUACCGAGAGAAUCUUCACAAAUACAAUACCGAAUGGCAGGACAGAUUGCAGAAAAUAAGCGCGGAGGCCGAUUCUGCCAAUGAUGCAAAUACCUUGGCAAUGGAUCAGUUGAAUCGGGAAAAACAUGAACUCGAAUCGUUGUACAAUGAAAGCCAAAAGUUGGUGGAACAACUGCAGCAUAAGUUGAGCUCUAGCGUGAAAGAUAAAAAUGAUGCCGAAUCUUGCAGCGAAAAGCUGCAGGAGUUGCAUGAAAAGUGCAAGAAGCAACUGCAGGAUAACGAGCAGUUAAAGCUGAACUUGGACAAUCUACAACAAGAAAAGACUUCGUUACAGUCUGUUGUCGAUGAUAACAAACUGAUAAUAGAACGUCUGAACCAAGAGCUGCAUUCUGAAAAGAAUCUUCGACAAUGUGAUUCAAACAAGCUGCUAACUUUAAGCCUUGAACUAAAGGAAGCCAUCCAAUCUAACGCCACAGCAAAGACCGAGUAUAACGAACAGAUAGAAGCAUGCAAUUUAAAGGUAAACGAUCUGCAAGAAGAAUUGAAUAAGGCAAAGCAAUUUGCUAAGGACGUUGACAAACUUUCCGCGGACUAUGAGCAAAUUCAAGGUGCUCUGGCCAAAGCCAAUGAGUUUAACAAGUUCUUGGCCCAGAGAGCCGAAGAUCUCGAACGUGAAUUCUCAUUGUCGCAAACAGAGGUGAAUACUCAGAAAGCUAGAUUGGAUAGCUUACAAUCAAAGCUGGAUAAUACUCUGGAAGUGAAAAACAGUGUCAGUUCAAUGGAGGCCACGCUUACACAAAAGCUACAGCAACUGGAGAAUGAAAUGUCCGAGCAGACUCAUCAAUUUCAGCGUCAGAUUGAGGAGUUGGAAAGCUCAAAGGCUGAACUUAACUUCAAGAUGGAAUCUUUGCAACAGCGAAAACUCGAAUUGGAGACAUCGAAUCACGAACUAACUGUUAAGCUAAAGAACGAUCUGAACAUGCAGAAUCUUUUGGAAAAGGAGCGAGAACAGAUUGUCAACUUACAACAAAGCAAUGCUCAACUGCUGUCGCAGCUACAGACGAAGCAGACAGCGUGUGAUUCAAUGCAACAGUCCUUGCAACAGGCAGAGUUGCAGCUAAAAUCUAAGCAGGAUGAAUGUCAAAUAUUGCAACAGACCAUUCAACAAUCAGAGUCUCUUUUAGGGAAUAGACAGUCAGCUUUUGAAGCAGUGCAACAGUCCUUGCAACAAGCAGAGUCUGAGUUAAAAGCUAAACACGCGGAGUUUGAUAAAUUGCAAGAGUCCUUGGAACAAGCAGAGUUGCAACUACAAGCUAAGCAGAGUGAAUGUGAGGCAUUGCAACAGUCCUUGCAACAAACAAAGUCUGAGCUAGAGAUCAAAAAUGACAUCAAUAAUACAUUGCAACAAAUAGAGUCUCGGCUAGAGAUGAAAAUAGCCGCCUAUGAUGCGUUGCAACAGUCCAUGCAACAGGCAGAGUUGCAACUACAAGCUAAGCAGGAAGAAUGUCACAUAUUGCGACAGACCUUGCAACAAUCAGAGUCUCAGCUAGAGCUCAAACAGACGGCCUACGAGACACUGCAACAAACCUUGCAACAAGCCGAGUUUCAGAUAAAGACUAAGCAGGAUGAAUGUGAUGCACUGCAACAGUCCUUGCAACAAAUAGAGUCUGAGUUAAAAGCUAGGCAGAAGGAAUAUGAUGCAAUGCAACAAUCUGAGUCUCGCCUAGAACUCAAACAGGCAGCUUAUGAUACACUGCAACAGUCCUUGCAACAUGGAGAGUUGCAGCUGAAGGCUAAGGAGUCAGAGUGUGAGGCAUUACAACAGUCGUUGCAACAAGCAGAGUUGCAGCUAAAAACUAAGUUGGAAGAAUGCCAGAUAUUGCAACAGUCCUUGCAACAAUCAGAGUCUCAGCUAGAGAUAAAGAAGGCGGCUUAUGAUACAUUGCAACAGUCCUUGCAACAAGCAGAGUCUCAGUUAAAGGCAUUGCAACAAAUAGAGCCUCAGCUAGAGCUCAAAAAGGCGACAUGCGACACAUUGCAACAGUCCUUGCAACAAGCUGAUGUUCAGCUUAAAGCUAAGCAGAAAGAAUGUCAUACAUUGCAAAAGUCCUUGCAACAAGCGGAGUCUCAGCUUCAGAUUAAACAAAUGCAAUGUGAUGCUUUGCAAAAGUCCUCGCAACAACUGGAAGCACAACAGGUGCAAGGUGCCACAGAACUCUCUAACAAAAACGCCGAGCUCGUCAACCGAGUUAAAAUGUUGCAAACAGAAAUGGACAAACUACGCUCAAUGCUGAAAGCCAACAAAGUUAGCUUCGAUGCGGAUCGAGCACGUUUGGAUGCCACAAUUUCUAGUCUACUAGAGGACAAACGCAACUUGGAGGAGAAACUUUGCCUCACUAAUGAUAUUGUCCAGAAACUGGAGACGGACUUGAAAAACAAAACCAACAACAGCAAUCUGUCGUUUGAUUCAAAUACAUCAAAUACAUCGCCAGCUGCCAGAAGGAGUUUGGAUCGCGAUGCGCCGCAGCCGCGGAAAUCUUUAAGCUUGGAAUCGGAGGUGCGUCGAAAUCGAAGAAUCACCACACACGACGAGAGGCGUCAAUCGUAUUGGAAUGAUUCGCGGCACGUGGCCUGCAUGACAGAUCCCGUGGAUACCAACUGUAACUGCGAGGAACUUGAUCGUAAGCUGAAGGAAUGCCAAUUCGAGCUGUUUAUCAGGGAGAGUAAAGUGACUGCACUCAACAUUGAGUUGAAGAAUCAUCCACUGAAGGAGGAGAAUGCUCAACUGAAGAAACGUCUGCAGGAGGAGCAACAAAAGGCGCGGGAUGAACUCAAGCGAAUGAAGAACAAGCACUCGGAUCUGAUGAGCAAAUUAAAUGCACUCACUGCAUCUGCAUCCAUCUCCAGCAAUGUCCAAAAUGCAACUUUCGUUCCGCCCGUGCUGGUAACUAUCGAGACCCAGACAGAGUCCGAGUUGGAGCUGGACUUGCAGAAGACGACCGCCAAAUUGAAUGAUGCUGUGCAAAUAUGUCGCCAUCGCUAUAAUUAUAUCAAAGAACUGGAAGAUAGAUUAAAGCAGAAAGAAAAUAGCGAUACUUCCAAUAUUUCUUCACAAACAACUGGUGAAAUUAUUCUACUUAAGUCCAAAUUGGAUACACAAAAAAAGGAGAUUGCUGCCCUCACCAAUAAAUAUGAGUUGGCCAAGAAAGCCCUUAAAAUGCGAAAGGAUGAAAUUGUUCAACUGCGUCAAAACGCUGGCACGGACACAGCAGCAACAUCAAAAUAAGUCGUUUUUCCAUAGUAUUACUAUGUUGAGUGAUCUUGUCUUAGUCUUGUUUAAUUAUCGUAUUUCAAUAGUUGUUUACUUGUAUCAAAAUAAACCAUUAAUGUUAAGUGUUA